AUGUCCGACACAGAAAUGACCGACGCGAUUUCGUCCGCCGCGAAGGGCAAGGGAAAAGCCAUUGAAGUUGAUGAAACCCUUCCAUGGGUAGAAAAGUAUCGCCCCGUCACUCUUGAGGAUGUUGUCUCCCACAAAGACAUUGUCUCGACUAUUGACAAAUUCAUCGAAAAGAAUCGUCUUCCUCACCUCUUAUUCUAUGGACCUCCGGGAACAGGUAAAACAUCAACUAUCCUAGCCGUGGCACGUCGAAUAUACGGAGCGGCCAACUACAAGAAGCAAAUUCUUGAGCUUAACGCGUCAGAUGACCGAGGAAUCGACGUCGUCCGCGAACAAAUAAAACAAUUCGCCGAAACAAGGACACUCUUCGCCAAGGGCUACAAACUUAUCAUUCUCGACGAGGCGGAUAUGAUGACCCAGCAAGCCCAGGCUGCUCUCCGCCGUGUUAUCGAGCAGUACACCAAGAACGUGCGCUUCUGCAUCAUCUGCAACUAUGUCAACAAAAUUGCCCCCGCUAUCCAAAGUCGCUGUACCCGUUUCCGCUUCUCCCCACUGCCCAUAGUAGAAGUCGAGAAGAGACUGGAUGGGGUAAUAGCAGCAGAAGGUGUUAAACUUACUCAGGAUGGGAAAGAGGCCCUCCUGAAACUUUCGCGCGGCGACAUGCGCCGCGCACUCAACGUCCUCCAAGCCUGUCAUGCUGCGUACGACCUUACCAGUGAAACCGAAAUAUAUAACUGCACUGGCAAUCCACAUCCCAAGGACAUUGAAGUUAUCUGCAACUCGAUGCUUUCAGACGAAUUCACGACCGCUUACUCCUUGAUAACGAAAAUGAAGACCGAACGCGGGUUGGCAUUACAAGACCUUAUUCAAGGCGCUUUCGAAUACGUUGAAACUAUCGAGCUCAAGCCACACGCACGAAUUUACCUCGUCGACUAUCUUGCCACAACCGAAUACCGCUUGUCUACCGGUGCCAGCGAAAAGCUUCAAUUAUCUGCUCUGCUGGGAGCGUUCAAGAACGCCGUCGAGCUAUCUGCGAAAUGA